GGAGACUCUACAUGUCGGUGUUGUGUUAAACUGAGGAGACGCACCAGCUGUUUAGGUUUGUUGACAGCACAACCAGAGUAAAUACAGCCCUGAAUGCUGCAGACCACAGGAUGGACUCCAGUGGGAAACCCUCAACUGCACAGAUCGUGGUUUUAGCCACCAGCUCUGCCCUCACUGCCGUCUUCUAUUCCAUUUACAGAAGCAGAGCUACGACAGUUGCAAGAUUAAAGGAAGCAAAGAAAGUCUCGCUUGACCAAGAUUUGAAAAACAUCCUGUCUGAAACACCUGGAAGAUGUGUCCCUUAUGCUGUCAUAGAAGGAGUGGUGAGAUCUGUGAAGGAAACUCUGAACAGCCAGUUUGUUGAUAACUGCAAAGGCGUCAUUGAGAGACUGACGCUGAAGGAGGAGAAAAUGGUGUGGAAUCGCACCACUCACCUGUGGAACAGCACAGAGAAAGUCAUCCACCAGCGUACCAACACAGUUCCAUUUUCUCUUGGGUCUCAUGAUGAAGAUAUUGCCUCCACAGUCCGGGUUAUGCGUCCGUUGGAUGCUGCAGAAUUGGACCUGGAGACCACCUAUGAGAACUUCCACCCCACGGUCCAGUCCUUGUCCAAUGUUAUCGGCCACUUCAUCAGCGGGGAGCGACCCAAAGGCAUCCACGAAACCGAGGAGAUGCUGCGUGUGGGAGACAGUGUCACCGGGGUCGGAGAGCUGGUCCUGGACAACAAUCUGAUCAAGCUCCAACCUCCCAAACAGGGCUUCUGUUAUUUCCUCACUCGGCUGGACUACGAGUCUCUCCUGAGGAGGCAGGGGAACAGCGUUAGGCUGUGGAGGAUUCUGACUGUCGUGUUCGGCGUGGCUGCCUGUUCCAUGCUUUUCUUCAUCCUGUGGAAGCGAUACCAGCACCACAGACAGAGUAAGAAAGAGAGGAGCAUGCUCGAGGAGUUCAAGGAGCAGCAGAGGAAGCGUAUACGUGAAUUGAAUGUGGAGGAAAGCAGCGUGUCCCCCACCAGCUGUACUGUCUGUCUGAGCCGGGAACGCUCCUGUGUGUUUCUGGAGUGCGGUCAUGUGUGUGCCUGCACUCAGUGCUACGAGGCCUUGCCAGAGCCAAAGAAAUGUCCCAUCUGCAGGGCAGCGAUUGACAGGGUGGUGUCUCUUUACAACAGCUAAUGUGUGGAUGUCUUGUGCGCUUGAACCUGGAAGUAUGUCAUUUAAAGUCAGCUUCUCAGGCUUUAAAAGGCUAAAAUCAGCACUUUUUGUUGCAUUUAUUUUUGUUUUACUCGCUCUGAUAAAGAGUUUCUGUGCUGAGUCAUGAUGCAAUCACAUUUCCAAUCAAAUCGAAUUUGGAAAGCGUGAUUCAUCUUGAUUGAGAAAAUGACAUUUCUUCUGUCAUUGCGGGAGUGAAAGAAGAUCUCUUUGUCCUCAAGUAACAAAACAAAUAUUGAUGUUACAAAUCUUGGCUCUACUUUCCGACAACAAUCGAUCUUAAAGGUUAAGAGCUUUUUCUGCGAAUGUUAAAAAUGCAGUACAUCAAUUACAAAGCAUAAAUGUUGUAAGUGACACAAUGGACAUUUUUCAGUGUGAAAACAAAGGUUACUGUUUAUUCUACAAGUCUCAGCUUGUUGCUGCCAUUAUUCAAAAUAAGCUGCUAUCCUUCCUCCUGCAGGAUGAUGACACUGUUCUAAAAUAUCAUAUCACAUAUUCAAGUGUUGUGUCACUGGUUCAAGUCUCAGUUUAUUAAAUUUAUUUGUAAGUGACCUUGUACCAAAAAAAACAAAAAAACAUCACUCUCAUACAAAGAGAAAAGAUUCAUUGUAUCAGAGUUGGCCAAGAGCUACUUCUCAUCUGUAGUCUCUUGGCAGGUAGACACAGGGUAAAAAUAGAUCCCUAAAAUGAUCAAAAGCAAUAAAAACAUCACUGAAACUUUC